AUGGCCGAGACCGACCACACAAUGGCGCUGCUGCCGCCAAAGGCUGUCUACACGCUCUUCAACAUUGGCUUCAGCGCCGUCCUCAACUUCCUCCCCGUCUACUUCAACACGUACUUUGACAAGUUCCAGAUCGGCAUUUUGCAGACGCUGCCAUGCAUUUGCUCGAUGCUCGCGCCGCCCAUGUGGGGUGCGAUCGCCGACGUUCUCCAAAAGCAGCGGCUCGUCCACAUCUUUUGCCUCCUCUCGGGGGCUCUCCUCAUGUACGCCAUCCCAUUCGCCUCGGCAAGCUUCUUCUGGACGUGCGUGCUCGUUUUUUUGGCCAAUUACCAGGCGCAGCCCUCGUGGCCGCUCCUCGAUCAAACGGUCCUUGCACUCGUGACGCGCCUCGGCGCCGAGUACGGCAAGCAGCGGCUCUACGGUGCCGUCGGCUACGGUAUCGGCGCGUACGUGGCCGGCGUCGUCGUCGCAUCCUACGGCAUCUCGUGGGCGUUCUACAUGAACUUGAUCUUUGUCGUGCCAGCGAUUGUGUUUUUGCAAAUGAUUCCAGCGUGUGACGGCGUGUGCACGUCGCCGUCCAGCGCGGCUUCGUCGCCGCCCGCCUCGUUCUCGGCCGGCCUCCAAACGCUCUUUCGAAAGAAGGACGUGCUCGGCCUGCUCCUCGUCGUCUUCCUCAGUGGCACCAUGUUUGGAGUCAUCUCGGCGUUCCUGACGCUCAACUUGUAUGAGCUCAGCGGCGGGUCGGCGCAGAUCGUCGGUAUCGCCAUUUGGUGCGAAACCUUCUCGGAGCUCCCGGCCUUCUACUUUGCCGAUACGAUCAUCGCCAAGCUCGGGACGGUCAAGGUGCUCGCGAUCUCGAUUCUGGCCUAUGGCGCGCGGCUCACGUGUUAUGCGCUCAUGACGAACGCGUGGAUUGCGCUGCCGUUCGAGUUUCUCCACGGCUGCACGUAUGGCCUCGCGUGGGCCGCAAGCACCAAGUACAUUUAUGCGGAAGCCCCGCGCGGCACGGAAGGCUUGAUGAUGGGCAUCCUCAGCGCCGUCCAGAACGGGUUGGCGCGCGGCGUCGGCACCAUGCUUGGCGGGUAUCUCUACAACACGUACGGCGCGAGCUUUAUGUGGACGAUUGCGGACCUCGGCGUGCCGCUUGCGCUGCUUGGUCUGUACGUCUUUUCGUGUACGAUUCCGUCGCACGUCGACGCCACGAAAGAGCUCGCGCCGUCCGAGGCAACGCACCUCUUGGCGUAA